GCCGGACGGAAGCAGGAUGCCGAAAGAACUACACGCAGGAGGCGGGGUCCAAGGCGAGGGAUCUACAAGACUAGCCGUGGCGAAGGAGGCAGGAGCGGCAGCAUGAAGCGGACCCAGACCGCCGAGGAACGAGAACGGGAAGCUAAGAAACUGAGGCUUCUUGAAGAGCUUGAAGACACUUGGCUUCCUUAUCUGACCCCCAAAGAUGAUGAAUUCUAUCAGCAGUGGCAACUGAAGUAUCCUAAGCUAGUUCUCCGAGAAGCUGGCAGCGUCCCCGAGGGGCUCCAUAAGGAGGUGCAAGCAGCCUUUCUCGCCCUGCACAAGCAUGGCGUCCUCUUCCGGGACCUGGUGAGGGUCCAAGGCAAAGAUGUACUUACUCCGGUCUCUCGCAUCCUCAUCGGUAACCCAGGCUGCACCUACAAGUACCUGAACACCAGGCUCUUCGCGGUGCCCUGGCCCAUGAAGGGCUCUAACACGAGAUACAGCGAGGCUGAAAUCGCUGCCGCCUGUCAAACCUUCCUCAAGCUCAAUGACUACCUGCAGGUCGAGACCAUCCAGGCGUGGGAAGAACUUGUCGCCAAAGACAAGGCCAGCAUUGAUGCCGUGCCGCUGUGCAUAGGUCCAGAUUUCCCCAGGGUUGGCAUGGGCUCCUUUGAUGGACAGGACGAAGUGGACAUUAAGAACAGGUCUGCAUACAACGUCACGUUGCUGAAUUUCAUGGAUCCCCAGAAAAUGCCAUAUCUGAAAGAGGAGCCUUAUUUUGGCAUGGGGAAAAUGGCCGUGAGCUGGCAUCACGACGAAAAUCUGGUGGAAAGGUCAGCGGUGGCAGUGUACAGUUACAGCUUCGAAGGCCCUGAAGAGGAAAAUGAGGAGGACCCUCAACUCGAAGGCAGAGAUCCUGAUGUUUGGCACGUUGGUUUCAAGAUCUCGUGGGACAUAGAGACCCCUGGUUUGGCAAUACCCCUCCACCAAGGAGAUUGCUAUUUUAUGCUUGAUGAUCUCAAUGCCACCCACCAACACUGUGUUUUGGCUGGUUUACCACCUCGGUUUAGUUCCACCCACCGAGUGGCAGAGUGCUCGACGGGAACCCUGGAUUAUAUCUUACAGCGCUGCCAGGUGGCUCUGCAGAAUGUCCGUGAAGAAGCGGACAGCGGUGAUGUCUCUUUGAAAUCCUUGGAGCCUGCAGUUUUGAAACAAGGAGAAGAAAUCCACAAUGAGGUCGAGUUUGAGUGGCUGAGACAGUUUUGGUUUCAGGGCAGCCGAUACAGAAAAUGCACCGAUUGGUGGUGUCAGCCCAUGACUCAGCUGGAAGAACUGUGGAAGAAGAUGGAAUCUGCGACAAAUGCUGUGCUUCGUGAAGUUCGAAGAGAGGGGGUCCCUGUGGAACAAAGGAAUGAAACCUUGACUGCCAUCCUUGCCUCUCUCACCACACGCCAGAACCUGAGGAGGGAAUGGUAUGCCAGAUGCCAGUCCCGAAUUGCCCGAACUUUACCCGCGGAUCAGAAGCCAGAGUGUCGGCCCUAUUGGGAAAAGGAUGACCCUUCGAUGCCUCUGCCCUUUGACCUCACAGACAUCGUUUCAGAACUCAGAGGUCUGCUUCUGGAAGCAAAAGCCUAGAAGGAGCUCCCGUCUCAGGUGGAGGAGGAAAAAGAGAUUGUUGGCUUCUCUCCUCCAUCCUUGCCAUGGGGUCUGGCAAGAGCAGCGUGGGUAGACACUUUUAGAUUGUAGGACCUGGGUCCCAGUGAGAAACAGCUAGGGAAUGGAGCCCAUGAAUAUUAAAAUGUUUUAAAAUGACAUGGUGUUACAAUCUGAUUUAGUAUGAAACAAGAUCCUCCCCUCCCCCCAAAAAAAUUAUCCCCCACUUGGAUUUUUAAUGUGAGCCAUUCAGCUCCCAAGGGCCAAGGUAGAGGACGAGGGGAGCCCCGCGUGUGGCAGAGCCUAAGCUACUUUCCUCCUUCUCGAGCCUUUUCGGGGACUCAAGAGUGGAUGACUGAUGUCAUCUGGGUGAAGACAGACUUAGAGACGUUCAUCCCAAUUUCUCACCACACCCUUCAGAGGCUGUACUGUUCAUUAUAGCAGCCGCUAGCUUCCUGCGGCUUCUCAAAUUUAAAUUCCACUUUAAUCGUAAUUAAAAAUUUAGUUUCUCCAUUGCACUGGCCACAUUUCAAGUGCCUAAUGGCCAUUGUGGAAAGUCCUAGCGGACUAUACUUCUACACAGAGUUUGAGGGCAGGAGAUUCUCCCUUUCACUUCUGUCCCCAUAGGCAGAAUAAAUUAAAAGAGGAACGACUCACGGAAGCCUCUUCCCCUUCUCUGAGAACGACCUAAGUAAAAGCCUGACUUAUGAGUCCUGUCCUCUGCACACAGGAAUGGAGAAGUGUUGAAAAUAAAAAGUUAAAGUUGCCCUCCUAUCUUCAGGAUGUUUCCCUGAUCGAAUGGAAGACACACAGCCCUGUGGACCCUGCUUCCUGGAUUAAGCCAGCAUAAUAUUUUUUUUUUCCCUAGAAUUCCCCCAUUCGCACGUAAUGACAGGUGAGAUUGAAGUUUGAAGAACCCCAGUGCCCCAUCCUGCUGACACUGGAGCGUUGGAGAGACGGUGCAGAGCAGAGGUUAAAACCUGGCUCUGGCUUUAGAGUGCCUGGAUCAGAAGUCCCACUAGCUUUGUGACCUUUGGCAUGUCACUGUGCCUGGGUUUCCUCAUCUGUGUCAUGGGAAUACUGAAGGCACCAACCCACAAGGUCUAACCGCAGACUUGUUAGAACAAUGUCUGACACGUAGUUGGAUACCCAAUAAAUAUUAGAAUUAUUAUGUGUCAGUGAGCUGACAUGAUGUAGACAUUUUCCCCUCCCUUCCUCAAUCCUUGUGCCAGUGUUGUGAUGCCGUGCACACGUCCCUCCCUUUCGGGCCUGGCUCCUGCCCUUCAGUGACUCCAGGAAUGGGGAGAAUAGUUUGCCCCUUCCCCCAGCCCUCUGCCUUCUUCCAUAAUUGCAGUAGUUUGAAAGUGAAGAAGACCUCUGGCCCGUUGAGAGGGGCACUGAAGACCAAAGCUCUCCUGCCUUCUGAAUCUCGCUGGUUCUCGAUACACGUUCAUUCAGAGCAGCCAGGGUCUCAUCACGUUGAGACUCGUCCUCUGACACCGUGGGUGAAUUCCUGAUGUCCCUGAGCCUCCACGUCCUCAUCAGUAGAGGGGAUGAGGCGAGCCUUGCAGGGUUGUUCUCGCUCAGAUGAAAUCACUUAGGUGAGGAGUACACGGCACAGAGAAGUCACAGACUGGACACCCUUGGGGCCAUGUAGCCUCAUGUGUGAUUUGGUCCCAUGAUGUUUGUUCUUUGUUAUAUUUUAUUAGGUGCCAAUAUUUAAAAGUCGGGCGAUUUUUUAUAAAAACGUGUGCAGUCACUUCAGAAUUCAGAACAUCGGGCAGCCCUCGGCCUCCGUCCCAGCAGGGGCGACGAGCUAAGUACCCUGUCGCGCUCAGGCGGGGCCGUGAACCGCUCGUGGCCCCUGUCGCUCCCUCGUGCCAUUUAUUGUCAACCCAACCUCCUGCACCCCUUCGUGUCAGCACUCCAGACCUGCUUGCUUAGCCCCUUCGGUAGAAAUCAACAAUAAUGUUUAGUGCUUACCCCAAUAUAUGUGUAUUACUGUCGCCGUCUUCAGAGACUGCUUGUGCUAAUGUGCCGUGUACAUCAAAACAGUCAUAAACAAUAAAAACAUUAGAGGGACGA